AUGCAUUCGCUAAAAUUUUGUCUUCGUACGUAUCGCUGUUGGGAUAUCUUUCGUUGUCAGACGGUUAUUUCUCGGUGUUAUACGUCCAAGUUAUCAUGGUUGCCGGAUGACUUAGUUGAACAGUUUCACACAUUUAAGAAGUACACUAUAUCGAAGUAUGAUAAUAUCAGUAAACUCAUGUCAUCAGAAUCAAAUAACAGUGAUAUGGUAUCGUUAUCGGAGCAUUGGAAAGAAUUAAGACCAAUAGUGGAUAUAAUAGAAGAGUUAGAUGUUCUUCUUGAAGCUGACAAUGAAAUUGAAAAACUUGUUACAGACAUUGUCGGCUCUGAUACUCAAGAGGAUUUAACUGAUCUGAAGGCUAUUGCCGACUUGGAACGAGAACAACGUAAUUGCCAGCGUCUGGCGUUAGAAAAAAAGCUCCUCAAUCUACUAGUCCCCGUGAAUGAACGUGACUUAGAGUCAACUGUUGUCAUGGAAUUAUUCGCUGGAGCUGGUGGUAAAGAAGCUGGAUUAUUCGCCAAUGACUUGUCGAAUAUGUAUCAAUCUCUUGCCAUACAACGAAACUGGUCUUUUUCAGUACUUCAAGAGACUGUAAUGUCAACUGAAGAGUGUAGUCCAUCACAUAGUGAAAAAUCACUUGCCUAUAUUCGUAUUGAAAUUGAAGGUAAUCCAACCGCAGAUUCUGGUAUACUUUCACUUGGUGCUUAUGGACAAUUGAAAUGGGAGGCUGGUGUUCAUCGAGUUCAACGUGUACCUGUAACUAGUAGUCAGAAUAAAAUUCAUACUAGUACUGUAGCUGUAUCUAUCCAGCCGAAAUAUAACGAUGUUGAGGUUGAUAUCUCUGAUUCCGAUGUGAAAUGGGAAUUUCAUCGACCAACAGGUCCUGGUGGUCAGAAUUUAAACAAAUCACUUAGUGCUGUUCGUUUAACACAUUUACCGACUGGGAUUGUUAUUUCUUGUCAGCGUGAACGACAUCAACAUACAAAUAAAAUGCUUGCUUUAGAAAUGCUUAAAGAAAGACUUCGUAAUAAUGAGUUAAAAUUACAAUCUCAUAUGAUUGAAUCUAUUCGUCGAUCUCAUAUGGGGAAUUUAGAUAGAUCUGAAAAGAUACGUACAUACAACUUUCCACAAGAUCGUAUCACAGAUCAUCGUCUUGGACAAUCUUGGAAUAAUAUACAUAGAUUUAUGAAACAGUCUGUCGGUUUAAGUGAACUUAUGGAAGAAUUAUAUAGACAAGAUCAGCAAAGAAGACUACGAGAAAGAUUAUGUACAGUAAAUGAGGAAACUUGA